AUGGCAACGAAGGUUGCCUCGUUUUGCCAGCACAGAUCUGAGACCACAAUACACCGGGUUCAAAGUACCAGUGCUUUAAGAAUCCCCACACAGAGGCGGUCGUUCUGGCAAAGACAUGCGGAGGAUCUUAUCGUCACGCCGUUUGCUCAGAUCUUGGCAAGUCUACGCAGUGUCCGCUCCAACUAUGUUAGCCUCACAAACGUCCCCGGAAACAGAGAGAGGUGA